AUGGAGGAUGAUUUAUUCCAGCUGAGACAGCUGCCGGUGGUCAAGUUUCGCCGCACUGGGGAAAGUUCGAGGUCAGAUGAGGAUGUCAUUUCGGGAGAACAUGAAAUUCAGAUUGAGGGUGUUCGGACAGAGCUAGAGCCUAUUGAGCUAGAGGAUGGAGCUGCAGUGCCAAAAGAAUUUGCCAACCCAACUGAUGAUACUUUCAUGGUGGAAGAUGCGGUGGAAGCCAUUGGAUUUGGAAAGUUCCAGUGGAAGCUCUCUGUUAUUACUGGAUUAGCAUGGAUGGCAGAUGCUAUGGAAAUGAUGAUUUUAAGUAUCCUAGCUCCUCAGCUUCAUUGUGAGUGGCGAUUACCAAGCUGGCAGGUUGCAUUGCUCACAUCGGUGGUGUUUGUGGGAAUGAUGUCCAGCUCCACCCUCUGGGGAAACAUUUCAGACCAGUAUGGGAGAAAAACAGGCCUAAAGAUCAGCGUGUUAUGGACGCUCUACUAUGGGAUCCUGAGUGGUUUUGCACCAGUGUAUAGCUGGAUCUUGGUGCUGAGGGGCCUGGUGGGCUUUGGCAUCGGAGGAGUACCUCAGUCGGUAACCUUAUAUGCUGAAUUCCUUCCAAUGAAAGCCAGAGCAAAAUGCAUUUUAUUAAUAGAGGUCUUUUGGGCCAUUGGGACUGUGUUUGAAGUCCUUCUAGCAGUGGUGGUGAUGCCCACUCUUGGCUGGCGGUGGCUUCUCGUUCUUUCUGCCCUCCCACUCUUGCUCUUCGCUGUCCUAUGUUUUUGGCUGCCAGAAAGUGCCCGGUAUGAUGUGUUAUCUGGAAAUCAAGAAAAAGCAAUCGCCACUUUAAAGCGGAUAGCAACAGAGAAUGGAGCUCCAAUGCCUUUGGGAAAAUUAAUUAUUUCCAGACAGGAAGACCGAGGAAAAAUGAGGGACCUUUUUACACCCCAUUUUAGAUGGACCACGUUGUUACUCUGGUUUAUAUGGUUUUCCAAUGCUUUUUCAUAUUAUGGGUUAGUUUUAUUAACUACAGAGUUCUUCCAAGCAGGAGACGUCUGCAGCAUAUCCAGUAGAAGGAAAGAAGUUAAAGCAAAGUGCAGCCUGACCUGUGAGUAUCUGACAGAGGAAGACUACACCGAUCUGCUCUGGACAACCCUGUCAGAAUUCCCUGGUGUGUUAGUAACACUAUGGAUUAUUGAUCGGAUAGGCCGCAAGAAAACCAUGGCCCUGUCCUUUUUUGUCUUCUCGUUUUGCAGUCUUCUGCUGUUUCUCUGCGUUGGAAGAAAUGUUCUUACUGUGCUGCUCUUCAUUGCAAGAGCUUUUAUUUCAGGAGGAUUUCAGGCUGCUUAUGUUUACACUCCUGAGGUUUAUCCAACAGCCACACGUGCUUUGGGCCUGGGAACGUGCAGUGGAAUGGCUAGAGUGGGAGCCCUCAUAACCCCGUUCAUUGCACAGGUGAUGUUGGAAUCUUCAGUCUAUUUAACGCUGGUAGUUUACAGUGGAUGUUGCCUGCUGGCCGCUGUGGCUUCCUGCUUCUUGCCCAUUGAAACUAAAGGUCGUGGCUUACAGGAGUCCAGCCACAGAGAAUGGGGCCAGGAGAUGGUUGGGAGAGGAUCUCAUUCCCCGGGGGUCACCAGGUCAAACUCCGGAUCACAGGAAUGAUGGGACUUGGAACCUGCUGAAAGAAUGAAUGGUAUGAGCAAGAUCUCUUUCACAAAAAAAAUCCAACCCUGAAGCGUAGAAAGCUGACCAUACCGUCACUGCCAAUGUCAUGUGUCAAACUGCAGGAACUUUUGGGUUGAACCUAAGCAAAUUGUGUCUCUGCUGCUCUUUGCUCACACUCAUAAAAACUUUACUUCUGUAUUGAGAGGCGUUUGAUCCAGUUAUCAUUUGGAGUUUAGCAGGAAGGGUUUUUCUUAAGUCCGUUGUGCUUGCAUGGUCAGCUCUUCAGCUUAAAAUGUCCCGUGUCAAGCAAAUAGCUAACUGAAUGCAACUCAGUAUAAGCUGUAAUUAAAAUAAUGUACUCUUGAUGCCUAAAAACAAAAGAUUAAUAUUUAUUGUGUACCUGGCGUAGCACAGGGUGGAUUCCAUACACUACAGAGUAGGUUUUAUGAAUUAGAUGCCUGCCUUGCACUUUUUAGCCAUCAACAACCACAACGACGACAAAAUGUGGUAACGGCAAAUCAACCAACGCUUUCUAGUUCCCUUGCUUCUGGGUUCUGUUCCUUGA